CAAUUCCUGCGAUCUCAGUUCUCGGGGAGGCGCCGGAGGGAGAGGUGUAAGUAAUGUUGUGUGGCUCGUCGUGAAACGGUGAGUGUGAAUAACAACUAAGCCAAUAUGGCAAGCCCGAACAACGAGGAAUCCCUCUCUAUGGAGCAAAGGGGUAGCCAGGUGGUGCAUGUGCGUGCUGACAGCGAUAGCGAGUUGCAAGCACUGUUUGAGGUGGUACUUAAACCAUCUAGCCAAGUGCCCCUGCAGAAGCCCUUCAAGAUGCGUAACUUGCCCGCCUCCUUCUUCACGCCCCCAGCCCACCGACAGUCCCCUGCGCCCACCGUCACCCACUCUCGGGAGGGGUCGGCGGACUCUACGUUCGGCGGGGGCGGUGUGGGCGGAGGUAGUGGUGGUGGUGGUGGUGGGUUUAGAGUUUCAGGGGCCAUGUCUCCUAAUCAACAAGGUUCACAGCAUAUUCGUCAUCAUUCUUCACCAGCAUCUCUGCAACAAACUUUUGCUGUUGCACAGCAGCAACAACAGCAAGUGGCUCACCUCAAGCAGCAGAGCUACGACCAGUCCGACGAUCUGGGCAAUCUUCCCCCAGGGUGGGAGCAGGCUAGAACUUCCCAGGGACAAAUCUACUACCUCAACCACCUGACGCAGUCGACGACGUGGGAAGAUCCUCGUAAGACCCUGUUGAAGCAGCGGCAGCGUCAGCAGGCACAACAGCACCAGCAGGCCCCUCCUCCCCAUGUCGCCGUUUCACAGGCCCCGCCGGCCCCUGCCGGUCCGCCACAGCCGCCUCCCGCACCCCAGGGAGGAUCUACUCAAGCGACGGUGCCGGGGCUCGUCAAUGGCAACCUGGGGCCCUUGCCUGACGGGUGGGAGCAGGCCGUGACUCCUGAGGGAGAAGUCUACUUCAUCAAUCAUGAAGACAAGUCCACUUCGUGGUUCGACCCCAGGCUACCUCGCCGCCUCCAAUCCACUGCCUUAUUAAAUGGCGUCCAACCGCCACAACAUUCACAAGCUGGGUCACAAAGCAGUGGAAGUCAACCCACUCCUAGCCAGGCUUCACAGCAAGUGAGCCAUCAGCUUCCCCCAUUGGCACCCACUGUGAGCUCUUCUGCAGCAGCCCUUCAGGCCAGACAACUUAGACUCCAGCGUCUCCAGGUGGAGCACGAGAGACUUAGGCUCAGGCAGCAAGAAGUUAUUAAAACGGAACAGUCAUUGCGGAUGAGUCUACGGGAGGAGGCUGGUCAACAGCAGUUGCAGCAGACAGCACAAAACACACAGCAGCAGUCGACUCCUACUUCACAGCAACAGCCACAGCAGGCACAAGGUAGUGACCUGGUGUUGAACAAUGCUGCACUGACUUUAACUUCGGCUCCUCAGCCUGUGGCCCCUGUUACCACGUCUGUGACGACUGCUGCCGACCCCUUCAUCGCCACCACUGACUUCCAUUCCCGACAGGAGUCGGCAGAUAGUGGACUAGGCCUAGGGACCAACUACUCCCUCCCUCACACCCCAGAAGAUUUUCUAGCAUCUAUGGAGGAUGUUGAGAUCACACCAUCAGAUGCAGAGAUGAAGACUUCCCCAGCUAACAAUAUACUAGAGGCACCAGAGCUUGAAUCCAUGGACUCUGAAGACCUUGUUCCAACAAUACAGCUAAAUGAUGAGUUAUCUACAGACUUCUUAAAUGACAUGUUGGAGACGUCUAAGAUGGACAAUAUUCACACGUGGCUUUAAGUAAUGAAAUGUGAAUUGGGUGGAAAAAUGAGCUUAUUAUAAAUUCUAGUGAAGAGACAUUUGCCUGCGUAAAUAUUGUACUGACUACAUGAAACUUCAUUUAAUGAGUCAAGUUUGGUUUCUUGGUUUCUAGUUAAGAAAUGUACUGCAUUUCAAUAAGGCUAAAGGUAUUUCAUUGUCUAUGUGGGUAGACAAAAAAUACCCUUACUUUAUAAACAAACCUUAGAAGAAAUGCAGGUAUACUCAACUUAGUAAAUCAGUUGCAAAAUUGACUUGUUUGUAAAGAAAUCCAUAUUUUGUAAAAUGUGAAAGUGCAAAAUUGUUUUCAUGAACUGGAAUAUGAUUUCUUGGAGGAUUCAAUGGAAAGUGAAAGUGAUGUGUGAAAAUCCAUUGGAUUUGCUUUUUUCUUUAUAAAGGUUGGAUGUUUAAAAAUUCGAUGAAUGAGAGUUUUGCAAUAUACCAGGUAGUGGAUUCUGCACAAUGGUCUUCACUAGUAAAAAAAUAUAUAUACAUAUAUUAUAUAUAAAAGUUAUAAUAAAAGUGCACUGAAGCCUUAUAGUGAUUAAGGGGAAGUUUCAGCAAAAGACUGUUCAACACUUUAUUGAUUGUGGCUUCCCAAUACAUAUCUUGGGAUGCCCUGUUUUCUGUAUGUGAUGGUUUAGUGCCUACUGACUAUAGUUGUACUCUGACUUGAGUGGAGAGUUCUUAACUAAUGAAAUCUCCUGUUAUAGGAAAUAAGUUAUGUUUAGUGAUGUCCUCCAGAAGUGCAUCACACACGCAUUUAGGAUGAUGUCUUUUACUCGGAGGUUUAUCUUACACCUCUGUCCUCUCCAUACAUUAGUGAUUACAACCAAUUGUACCGUCCAAUUCUGCCUUCAUCAGUGAAAUAUUUCCCGUCUUGAUCUUGUUACAGUAUGUAUUUAUUGAUGAUCAAUUUUCAUGUAAAUAGUUGGAAGUUAUUGUAUAUCGUAAUUAAAAAAGUUACACUAGAAAGGCAUUAAUUUUUUAUUUCUUAAUUGACAGAGGCAGCUGUUCUCAAAGUGAAUGUUAAUUACUACCCCAUACAGUGUGGGGAGUCUUUUGAUCCUUGUUUGAAUGCACUCAGUGCUCCUUUUUAUUUGCGACACAGUGGAGCAUUCUGUUGUUUGCAUUUUAUUUGUUGAAUUAUUUUCAUUAUGUUGGCUGUUAUGCUCCAUUACAUCUGUGGCUACCCUAGUUCCUGUUGAGUGAUCAAUAUGAAGCAAAGGUUGAGCUUUGGCCUCUAAGGCUUAGUUGUUAACUCUGUGCAUAUAUAAAGAGGCCACAGUACACUUGUUUCAUAGUUCAUCUUCCAUUAUUGUGAUAGCAAAUGCACAGUCGUUACUGUAGGAUGAUAAUUUGUAAACCAUAAAUAUGCAUGUAAUAUAUACAGUUAAGUUUGAAAUAACUGUGUUCAUUUGCAAAGGAUUAUUAAAUAUAAUACAUAAUACAAUACGUAUAGCCAUUGUUUAUAAGUCUGUAAGAGUACAGUACAAUGAGAAUUACUUAGGGCUGAAAGUCUAAACUCAUAGUGCAGUACAGUACUGCAGUUUUAUAAAUUCUAAAUCAAACAAGAUGAUGGAUAAGGUGGACGGCUUUAAGUGUGAUUUUAAAAUUUGAUUUUAUUUCAUUUUUAUUUUAUGUCAAAAUGUAUUCUGGAAAAAAUAGGUAUUCACUAUAAGAUUAUUAUGUGCCUUACAAAUGAAAAGUGUCUUAAAAUAUGGAAGGCAAUUCUAAGUAACAGUACCAGGAACCAAGGUGAUAGCCAGUGAGUUAUCUAGCCUUAGUGAACAAUGAAUGUACUUAAAUAACAACAUUAAAGCUAGGUAAAUGAGUCCUUUAAGCAACAAUACUUCACCAAACUUGAUGUACCUGUGGGUGAUUUUUCAAUGUAAUUAGCAGGUGCAUGGAUUCGUCCCCUUGCUAUGGAUGCCAGCUGGUACAAAGGAUAAACAAAAGAUGUUUUAAUGUGGAAAUGAUUUCCUCGGGGACACGCUCUGUAUCCUGAGAGAUACCCUGGUCAUAUCAACAGUAUUUCAGAUCCCCACAUCCAUCUACAGUCUGCUCAAGUGAUUUAUUGGAUGUUCCAAGUGCCUUUGUCUGCAGCUGUUUAGUGACCAUCUCUUGCUUCUUCCUGGGCAGUAUGGCUUGUCAAAGGUCUUGAGCCCAGGUUGUAUGAGCAUUAGCUAGGCCAUUGUUGCCUGACCUAGGUCUUUAAAAAGAGGUCACUUUGGCAGCUCCCAGGCCACAAGUUGAAUGUGGCAAUAGGUUUAAGAUUCAUGUUAAAUAUUAAGUGAACAAACACUGAGAGUGCAUUUUCACACUUAGUGUUUGUUCUUAUAUUAUCAAUAAUAAUGUUAUUAUUACUACUAUUGCUCCAGUAGACAUGAAUUUUUAUUAUAUCAGGAAAUGUACAUGUUAAUUUUUUUAUGUUAAUAGUAUGGUGUCUUUUGUGAUAUACUACAUCUAGCAUGCAAUGUUUUUUAGUUUGUCUUAUAGUGGCCAUAUUUGUUAGUUUUACAUUGUGUAGUUAGACUCAGCAGCAAGGCUCUUUGUUUUUUCAAUCUUUUUAAUGUGGUGAAGGGUUCCUAGUGUAGAAUAAUUAAAAUAUGGAUUUCCAAUAUUCAUAAAGUUUCGUAGAGGAAGCAUUCAGUGGUAAAGUUUUAUACUAAUAGAUUUAAGAAAUGCUCCCAAGAUUAAUACUUGAGAGUUGUCUUGGGCUGUCCUUCCCAAUCUUUCUUGCACAAGUUUAUGAAGUUCAGUUAACCCUACAUACCUCAGAAUAGUAAUGCUAUUAUAUUAGUACAAUGGAAAAAGUAAGGAAAAAAGUUCAUCAUUUCUACAAAAAAUUACUGCUAUAGUUUAUGAUAAUGUUGCAUUGCUGUUUUUUUGAGGUCUUGUCUUUCCAUGAUCCAGGGGUUAGUAAUUUCAUAGACUAUAAUCAAUGUUGCCUUGCUUUAUAAGGUUCUAUCUCAGUCCUAACAAUAUUUUUUCACUGUAUAGUUUAUGUGGGACUGGAAUGGGAGUAACCCAUGAAAUUGGAUAGAAGCUAAGCAGUGUCUUUUGAAAUAUGUGAGAUUGGGUUACCAUUGCUAGCUGGUCACCCUUUCUUUGUCAUGUCGUAUCAGCACACCAUGUACAUCUAUCCUCUUGCUAGAAAUGGUUUAACCUAAUCCUCAGAAAUGGACAUUGCUUGCUUCAAUCCUGAACUAUGGUAUUAGCUUAUAGCUCACAUUGAAUGGUUCACUGCCACUUGCAGCAAAAGGGGGAGCCGAUGAUUUCUCUUGACAGUACUCAUAAUCCCUUAACAAUGAUUAGUUUCUUUUCACCAAUAAACUGCUCUCACUUUUGCUGUAUUUGCAUGUGUUCCUUUAGUGCUUUUAUGCAGAUGGGGAAUGAAGAACCCCAUGAAAUUAAGUGUAUGCUGAAGCAAAUGUAAAUAAAUUUUAUCUUUAAAUGAUAAA